AUGAAGACGUUUGUAUCUAAGACAGAUGAGAGGUUUGAUAUUCAAAAUUCAGCCAUUCGGAACUUGGAGAAACAAGUGGGACAAAUAGCUUCUAUGUUGUCCGAAAGAACUCAAGGAGCACUUCCUAGCGAUACAGAGAAGAAUCCUAAGGAAGUGAAAGUUGUUACCUUAAGAUGUGGAAAGACAUUGAAAGAUCCUAAUAAGAAUCCUAGCACUGCAGAGACACAGAAUCAAGAUGAGACACGUGAUGAGCAGAAAAUCCCAAGUGAGCAAAUUAAAGAGAAGGAAGGGUCAGAACCGGAAGCUAGUAAACAUAUGGCAGCACUACCUUUCCCUCAGAAGAUGAAAAGGGAAAAACUUGAUAAAUGUUUCGGUAAAUUCCUUGAGAUGCUAAAACAGCUGCAUGUGAACAUCCCAUUCACAGAGGUGCUGACUCAGAUGCCUGCUUAUUCUAAAUUUUUGAAGGAUACUCUGUCAAGCAAGAGGAAACUUUGCAUGCAUAAAAUCCUUCUGGAGGAAAAUAGCAAACCGGUGGUGCAACCGCAACGCAAGCUGAAUGAGAAGUUAGAAGAGGUUGUACAUAAAGAAGUGGUAAAGCUGUUAGAUACUGGGAUUAUAUUCCCUAUUUCUGACAAGACAUGGAUUAGCCCGAUCCAUGUUGUGCCGAAGAAAGGAGGGAUUACAGUGGUGCAGAAUGAGAAUAACGAAUUGAUUCCCACAAGAACUGUCACAGGAUGGAGAAUGUGUAUUGACUAUAGGAGACUGAAUGAUGCAACUAGAAAGGAUCAUUUUCCACUCCCGUUCAUUGAUCAGAUGCUCGAGAAAGUGGCCGGUCAAGGGUUUUACUGCUUCCUAGAUGGAUAUUCGGGGUACAACCAGAUUCCCAUUGCUCCUGAAGACAUGGAAAAAACUACUUUUACAUGUCCUGCAGGAAUAUUUGCUUAUAGAAGAAUGCCUUUCGGGUUGUGUAAUGCACCAGCUACUUUCCAAAGGUGCAUGUCUAUCUUCUCUGACUUGAACGGGAAGUUCCUAGAGGUUUUCAUGGAUGACUUCACUUUAUUUGGAGAAGAUUUCGAUAGUUGUUUGAGGAAUCUAGAGUCUGUUUUAAAGCGAUGUGAAGAGACUCAUCUGGUAUUGAAUUGGGAAAAGUGCCACUUCAUGGUUCGGGAAGGAAUUGUUUUUGGGCACAAGGUUUCUGCAGACGGCAUAGAGGUGGACAAGGCGAAGGUGGACGUCAUAUCAAAACUUCCGCCACCCACUACAAUCAAGGGAAUCAGAAGUUUUCUUGGGCAUGCAGGGUUCUACAGGAGGUUCAUUCAGAACUUCUCUAGCAUCUCAAAGCCCUUGACUACACUGUUGGGUAAGGAUGCUAAGUUCACUUUCACAGUUGAAUGUCUGAGAUCGUUCAAUCUAGUGAAGGAAAAGCUCACAAGUGCCCCUAUAAUGGUGACUCCGGAUUGGGCUCAACCAUUCGAGCUUAUGUGCGAUGCAAGUGAUUUUACAGUGGGUGCAGUUCUGGGACAGAAGAAAGACAAGAUGUUCAGGCUAAUCUACUAUGCCAGCCGCACUUUAAAUAGUGCACAAGUGAACUAUGCAACUACAGAGAGGGAACUCUUCGCAGUGGUGUUUGCUUUUAACAAGUUCAGGUCGUAUCUAAUUGGGAGCAAGGUGAUAGUUCAUACAGACCACGCAGCUCUAAAAUAUCUAUUGAGUAAAAAAGAGGCUAAACCGAGACUGUUGCGAUGGAUCCUUUUGCUCCAAGAAUUUGAUCUGGAAAUAAUUGAUAGAAAAGGUGCAGAGAACCAGGUUGCCGAUCACUUAUCAAGGUUGGAGAACCCACCUGUGGAGAGGGUACCGAUCAAAGAAGAAUUUCCUGAUGAGCAACUGUUCUCAGUUGCUGCUGUUUCAGAGAGACCACCGUGGUACGCUGAUAUAGCCAACUUUUUGGUUAGCGGAUGGGUACCCCAAGAUAUGAGCUAUGAACAGAAAAGAAGACUCCGAAGUGAGGUAAAGAAUUAUUUUUGGGAUGACCCAUUUUUGUUUAAAUUUUGUGCAGAUGGAAUAAUUCAAAGAUGUGUCCCCGAAGAAGAAACUAGUGGACGGGUUGAAGUUGCUAACCGUGAACUUAAACGAAUUCUGGAAAAAACGGUUAGUACUUCCCGCAAGGAUUGGUCUUUGAGAUUAGACGAAGCUCUAUGGGCGUACAGAACUGCAUUCAAAACUCCCAUAGGAACUUCUCCGUAUAAGUUGGUUUUUGGGAAAUCUUGUCAUUUACCCGUUGAAAUUGAACACAAAGCGUAUUGGGCAAUUAAGUUGCUUAAUCUUGAUCUUAGUCUUGCAGGUGAGAAAAGGCUUUUGCAGAUGAAUGAAUUGGAUGAAUUCAGAAGGGAUGCAUAUGAGAAUGCACGAAUAUUUAAAGAGAAGACAAAGCAUUGGCAUGAUCGUCUGAUUAAGCCAAAAGAGUUCCAUGAAGGGGACAAAGUCCUGCUAUACAAUAGCAGACUACGACUCUUCCCCGGGAAAUUUAAGUCGAGAUGGACUGGACCAUUUGUGGUGAAACAUGUCUCUCCUUAUGGGGCCAUUGAAAUUCGGAACUUGGAAGGGACGGAGAGUUUUAAGUUCUCUCCUUCAUCACCUCUCAAUUCGAUUGCAGGAAAAAUGGUCACAUCUAGGAAGAGGAAGCAACCUAGUGGAGCUACGAGCAAGAAAACGAGCACGUCAAAGGGACAAAGCUCGAGGGAUCCCAAAGGAAAAGCUCCGGAACUUCCACAACCUUACGAUGAGAGCAAAUUCGUUUCAUGGGAAGCCCAAGAGCGCUUCAAAAAGAAAGCCUCCAAGAAGCCGGUGAUGGAGAGGGGAAUUGAAGUGAAUGCAUUGAUGAGUGAUUUCCCGGAGAUCUAUGGGGAAUUGAUGCGACGGAAACUAAUGAUUUUCCUCCAAGAACUUGACAACGUUAAUCUGACUGUCGUCCCCAUUCGAGCUGCAUAUAAAUUUCCUGAGUAUGAUAAUGAGGAAAAUAGGGGCACACCCACAGGGUGCGAUGACUUUCAGGAUGUAUAUGGCAAAGAGCCGUAUAGUUGGGAACAGUUUUUUGAUACAAUUUGCACACCUGGGAAGGAAGUACAAUGGAUUGUGAAGAAUCACAAAUUCAAUUCCAACAGCUUGACGACCGAUGGAAAAUUCUGGCUAUACAUCAUAAAUACCAGGCUCAUACCUUCAGGCAACACCACAGAAGUUACUGGCUACAGAGCAGCUCUCAUCUAUUGCUUGAUGAAUGAGAAUGAUUUCGAUCCUGCGAAGAUAAUACUGGACUAG